GGGCUACAGCCUGGCCUAGAAAGUGAAGAGCUGAAGAGCGGCAGCCAGGGGCAGUGGGAGCCGCAGUGGGAGCCUGAGCCUAGCAGCCCUAGGAGCCCAUUCUCCCUCUGACCGGGCCAGCCAGGCUCUCCUCUCCCUGGACAGGAGCUGCAGGCUGUCACCAGCUGUCAACUGCUGCCUGCCAUGUACAGCUGGGCCACCACUGCCCCGCGCGGGGCUGUCUGCAUCCUUCUCCUGGCCUCCCUGGGCUGUGUCACCAGCCAGCCGCUGGGUGGGGAAUCCAUAUGCACGGCACGGUCGCUGGCCAGGUACAGCCUCACCUUUGCCGGCAAGUGGAGCCAGACAGCCUUUCCCAAGCAGUACCCACUGUUCCGGCCACCUGCGCAGUGGUCUUCGUUGCUGGGGGCAACGCACAGCUCUGACUACAGCAUGUGGGGGAAGGGUGAGUAUGCCAGCAACGGGCUGCGGGACUUCGUGGAGCGGGGCGAGGCCUGGGCCCUGAUGAAGGAGAUCGAGGCCUCCGGGGAGAAGCUGCAGAGCGUGCGUGCCGUGUUCUCAGCCCCCGCCGUCCCCAGUGGCACUGGGCAGACGGCCUCAGAGCUGGAGGUGCACCCCAGGCACUCGCUGGUGUCCUUCGUGGUACGCAUUGUCCCCAGCCCUGACUGGUUCGUGGGUGUGGACAGCCUGGACCUGUGCGAGGGGGGCCGCUGGAAGGAGCAGGUGGCCUUGGACCUCCACCCGCAUGACGCUGGGACAGACAGUGGCUUCACGUUCUCCUCCCCUAACUUCGCGACCAUCCCGCAGGACACCGUGACAGAGAUCACAUCUUCCUCCCCCAGUCACCCGGCAAACUCUUUCUACUACCCGCGGCUGAAGUCCCUGCCACCCAUGGCCACAGUAACCCUGGUGCGGCUCCGGCAGAGCACUAGGGCCUUUGUCCUCCCUGCCCCAGACCUGGUCAGCAGGGGCAAUGAGAUCAUUGACAACCUCUCAGUUCCAGAAACGCCACUGGACUGUGAAGUAUCCCUGUGGUCGUCCUGGGGCCUGUGCAGAGGACCCUGCGGGAAGCUGGGAGUCAAGAGCAGAACUCGCUACGUUCUUGUGCAGCCUGCCAACAACGGCACACCCUGCCCUAUGCUUGAGGAGGAGACUGAGUGUGUCCCUGAUAACUGUGUCUGAUCAAGGCCUGGGUCACCAAGGACUCCCAGGUGGACAGGCUGAGGGCUGACAGGGUGCCCUGCACAGACCUCCCUUGGUGGCAGCCAGGGGAUGGCCAUGACAGGUCCCUUCGGCAGGCAUAGGAAUCCAGAGACCAUGAGUCUCUGCUCCACAUUAUGUCCCUGUAAUUUAUUACCAUUCCCAAGGCUGCCUGUGAUGCUGGCAAGAGGAUGCCCCAAGGAGCCCUGCACCCACAAGACUGUUAAAUACCUCAGACCUGGCGCCCAGGCCACCACAGUUCCCACCACGCAGGCAAGGUGGCCCCCACGCUGCUCCUGUCAUCGAAGCUGGGUGACACCCAGGAAACACACAGACAGGGAUGGUCUUGGAAAUGUGGCGCUUUCAUUUAUUGAUCUCUGCAUCUGAAUAAAGGCCAUCUGUUCCUGACAAACGCUGGCAGAUGUUCUCCCACCUUUCCUGGACAGCACAUAGCAGAGGGUGCUGGGUGCAUCAACAGGAAACACUGCAAGGCACCCAGAAUACUUCCUGACAGGCACCUGGCCGGAAAGGCAGAGCAGGCUUGUGGGGAACCCUGCUGAGGCCUUGGAAGCUGGCAGUCAGCAGUAGCACCACCUGCUCACCCUUGAGCCCAAGCACACACCACAGGCAGGGA